UCGGUGGCCCCGCCCCGGCCCCGCCCCCGCCGCCAUGCGGCCCGCCUGGACUGCGCUCUGGCUGCGCCUAGCCUUGGCUCUGGGUCUGGCCCUCGUUGGGCCCCUGCCUGUGGGGUGGUCCUCGGCCCGGGUCCCCAUCUAUGUCAGCAGCUGGGCCGUGCGGGUGUCCCAGGGUUACCGGGAGGCCGAGCGCCUGGCGCGCAAAUUCGGCUUCGUCUACCUGGGGCAGAUCUUUCCUGACGGGCAGUACUUCCACCUGCGGCACCGGGGCGUGGUUCAGCAGUCCCUGAGCCCACACUGGGGCCAUCGCCUGCGCCUGAAGAAAGACCCCAAGGUGCAGUGGUUCGAGCAGCAGACGCUGCGGCGGCGGGUGAAGCGCUCGGUGGCGGUGCCCACGGACCCCUGGUUCCCCAAGCAGUGGUACAUGAACAACAAGGUGCAGCCCGACCUGAAUGUCCUGCAGGUGUGGAGCCAGGGCCUGUCGGGCCGGGGCAUCGUGGUGUCUGUCCUGGACGACGGCAUCGAGAAGGACCACCCGGACCUCUGGGCCAACUACGACCCCCUGGCCAGCUACGACUUCAAUGACUAUGACCCAGACCCCCAGCCGCGGUACAGCCCCAGUGAUGAGAACCGGCACGGGACCCGCUGUGCCGGGGAAGUGGCCGCAGUGGCAAACAACGGCUUCUGUGGAGCAGGUGUUGCCUACAACGCCCGGAUUGGAGGCGUGCGCAUGCUGGACGGCACCAUCACGGACAUCAUCGAGGCCCAGUCGCUGAGCCUGCAGCCGCAGCACAUCCACAUCUACAGCGCCAGCUGGGGCCCCGAGGACGACGGCCGCACGGUGGACGGCCCGGGUAUCCUCACCCGCGAGGCCUUCCGGCGCGGCGUGACCAAGGGCCGUGGCGGGCUGGGCACGCUCUUCAUCUGGGCGUCAGGCAACGGCGGCCUGCACUCCGACAACUGCAACUGUGACGGCUACACCAACAGCGUGCACACGCUCUCGGUGGGCAGCACCACCCGCGAGGGCCGCGUGCCCUGGUACAGCGAGGCCUGCGCCUCCACGCUCACCACCACCUACAGCAGCGGCGUGGCCGCCGACCCGCAGAUCGUCACCACAGACCUGCACCACCGCUGCACCGAUGAGCACACAGGCACCUCGGCGUCGGCACCGCUGGCUGCGGGCAUCAUCGCCCUCGCUCUGGAGGCCAACCCCUUCUUGACGUGGAGGGACAUGCAGCACCUGGUGGUCCGGGCGUCCAGGCCGGCGCAGCUCCAGGCCGAGGACUGGAGGGCCAACGGCGUGGGGCGCCAAGUGAGCCACCACUACGGCUACGGGCUGUUGGAUGCCAGGCUGCUGGUGGACAUGGCUCGCACGUGGCUGCCCACGCAGCCCCAGAAGAAAUGCGUCAUUCAGAUUGUACACACCCCCACGCCCGCAGAAGGGGCGCUCGCGGCCCCCGCCGCCCCCAGCCCCAUCUUGCCCUUGACGGAAGUGAGGAGGAACGUGUCGGCGUGCGCUGGCCGUGCCAACCGCAUCCGCUCCCUGGAGCACGUGCAGGCCCAGCUCUCGCUGUCCUACAGCCGCCGCGGGGACCUGGAGAUCUCGCUCACCAGCCCCAUGGGCACCCGCUCCACGCUCGUGGCCAUCAGACCCUUGGACGUCAGCGGCCAAGGCUACAACAACUGGAUCUUCAUGUCCACCCACUUCUGGGAUGAGGACCCGCAGGGCCUGUGGACGCUGGGCCUAGAAAACAAGGGCAACUAUUUCAACACGGGGACGCUGUACCGCUACACGCUGCUGCUAUACGGGACGGCCGAGGACAUGACCGCGCGGCCCCCGGGCCCCCAGGUGACCAGCAGCGCGUGUGUGCAGCGGGACACGGAGGGGCUGUGCCAGGAAUGCCACGGCCUCGCCUGUGUCCUGGGCCACCCCUGCCUCUCCAGCUGCCCGCCAAGGUGCUUCAGCCACAGCCGGCAGGCAGUGACCGCUGGGCCUGGGCGCACGGCUGCUCCCGCCCUGCGCGUCUGCCCGAGCUGCCUCGCCUCCUGCUACCCCUGCCUCAGCAGCUCCCCGCUCAGCUGCACUGCCUGCCCCCCGUCCUACACGCUGGACGAGAGUCGGGGCUCCUGCUCAGGACCUGUCCCUCCCAGCAGCCUCCCCCAGCCCACCGCGGUCGCCCACCCCAGCUGCCACCCUGGCCGGGUCCAGCCCGUGGAACUGGCCCUCCUGGCCCUGGCCUUCGGGAGCCCCUUACUCUGCAGCGUCCUCGCUGUAGGCUGCCCACCGCUGUGGGGGUCACCUCGCCACCACCCCGGGCCCUGCUGCUGGCCGGGGCCUAGAGAUACGUGACUGGGGGGCAGCCGUAGCCGUGUGCCCGGGCAGGCACCGCCGUCCUCCUCUGCUCCAGCCUGGGCUCAGGGUACGUGGGGCUGCCCCCCCAGGAGGGCCUGGCUGAGCACCGGGGCCCUCAGGCCAGGGGCGGCCUGCUGGAGUCCCGGAUCCGAAAUUGGCAGGUCCAGGUGAAAGAGAGAGAGGAGUCUAGCCGCACAGUUUGGGACGGGAGUGGGGUGGGCUGGGGCGGAGGCCCUUCCCAGCCCCGGAAGUGGGGGGAGGGGCAGGGGGAACGGAUGACAGCAUCCAGAGUCUCGGGCACCACGCUUUGCAAAUAAAGGUUGAAUAGGAGGUGCCAAGUCUGCG